AUGCCGCUGUCUGGCCAAUGGGGAGGCCUGUUUACCCUGGCGGAGACGCGGGGCUCGCAGUUGCACAGGGAGAGAAACCGCUGCCUUGAGAUCCGAGCCACGAUCCAGCCAGGCCGGAAGCCCCAGAUUAAACACACCAAAAAGAUGAUCGGGGGCUGCGUAUGUGGCUGGAGAAGCCUGCGAACGACUGAAUGCAACACAUAA